GAGGGUCACAAAAAUUAAUUAGAGUAGUGUGCAAUGGCGAGAGUAACACCAUCGUCUUCUUCGUCGACUAAUCUUAUCCACAACCUUCUCCGACUUCCCGAACCACCAUCUUCGGUCUGUCCCUUCCUCAGACCCUUUUCCGUCUCAGCCUUAAUCUCUCAAUCCAGCCACCGUAACAAGCCUCGCUUUCAAUCAUUAUCUUCAAAGCUGCUUCCUUUCCCUUCUACUUCACUCGUAGCGAAAUCCUUCUCUUCCAUCAAUGAACCAGACCUCGGAGAAGACGAUUACAGCGAAGAAGAAGAAGAAGAUGUGGAAAGUGGAAUGAUUUCUGUGAGAGGAAUUGAGGAUUCGGAAGCAUCUGAGGAGAUUUCGGAGAUGAGUCAGGAGGAGAAAACAGAAAAGAUGAAGAAGAAGGCUCGGGGCUCGGGUUUGAAGUUGUCGAUAAAGGAGAAGAAGGACUUGGCUUCAUACGCGCAUAGUCUGGGUGACAAAUUGAAAUGCCAACUCGUAGGCAAAUCUGGCGUUACUGAUUCAGUGGUUUUCUCCUUCCUCGAGACUCUGGAGAAGAACGAGCUCUUAAAGGUGAAGAUACGCAAGACAUCCCCCGAGGAGCUAGAGGACGCGGUUAGGCAUUUGGAGGAAGCGACUGGUUCAGUGGCAGUAGGACAGAUCGGGCGGACCGUGAUAUUGUAUCGGCCAAGUCCCACCAAAAUGAAAGCAGAGGCCAAGAAGAAGGAAGUGGAGAGAAGAAGACAGAAUUUCACAAACGCUAGACCCACUAGACCUUUUAGAAGAGAGUAUUCAGAGAGACCUGAUGGACGUGGACGCAGAGGUGGAAGUAGAGUCGCAACAGCUUGAUUUCUUUUACCGGUUUGUUUUUUAUCAUCUCAUGACUAGUUCUUUGAGUUCAAUGCAUUUUCAUUUUCUUCAAGAAUUCUAUCGCAAACAUAAUCACAUUGAUCUGAAGGCCAAA